ACAUUGUAGAGGCAUAGAAGUAGAGACAUAGAGGAAACAGCACCAAAGCAAAAGAUGAGUAAGAUGCUUCCCAUUGCAGCAGCCCUCUUCUUCUUCUACGCCGCCGUGGCCCUGUCCGGAGCUGCAAGUAGCAAAGCGGCGAUGGUUGAGCACACGUUUGUUGUAAAGCAAGUGUAUAUGCGACAUCUUUGCAAUGAUACCCUGGUCACGGUUGUGAAUGGUCAGUUUCCCGGUCCACCGGUAGAGGCUACGGAAGGAGACACGGUUGUUGUACACGUCGUCAACGAGUCACCCUUUGAAAUAACAAUUCACUGGCACGGUGUAAAGCAGCGAUUAACAUGUUGGGCCGAUGGCGCCGGAAUGAUAACACAGUGCCCGAUCCAGCCAAACACGACGUUCACCUACCGGUUCAACGUCGACGGCCAGGUGGGUACGCUGUGGUGGCACGCCCACGUCUCCAUCCUCCGGGCAACCCUGCACGGCAUCAUCGUCAUCCGCCCAAAGUCUAGCUCCUACCCAUUCCAGAAGCCUCACGUGGAUGUUCCCAUCAUCAUAGCUGAAUGGUGGCAGAGAGAUUUGAUGAAAGUGGACAAGAACUUCUCCAUGGGGGGCUCAUUCAGUGACAACCCUGCUGCAGCUACCAUCAAUGGAAAGCUCAGUGAUCUCUACAACUGCUCCGGGGUACGAGAAGACAACUUCGUUCUGAACGUGGAGCACGGGAAGACAUACAUGCUCCGGCUAGUGAACGCGGCGCUCUUCUCCGAGUACUACUUCAAAGUCGCCGAUCACAAGUUCACGGUGGUCGGCUCCGACGCCAACUACGUCAGGCCAUACGCCACCGAUGUCGUCGCGGUUGCGCCUGGAGAGACGAUCGACGUCCUCAUGGUCGCUGACGCCCCACCUUGCCGCUACUACAUGGUCGCACUGGCCAACCAGCCCCCGGCCCCGGACCCCCAGAUUCCGGUGUUCAUGUCCAGAGGGAUAGUGCAGUACAGAGGCAUCCCACUCGACGCAGACAAGUGCAGGAACGAGCCUCUCAUGCCUGAGAUGCCUGAUCAGCACGACACGCUCACGACGUUCUACUUCCAUGGCAACCUAUCAGGCCUGCCUGGUCACCCGUUGCUGCCAAAGAUUCAAGGUCGCGUCGACGAGCAUCUAUUCAUUUCGCUCGGCAAGGGCAGCAUCUGCAAGGGGAACAAGCCAUCCUGCAGGAGGGGAGGAAACCCCGAGUCCAUAGAGGUGGCCUACAUGAACAACGUCUCCUUCCGUCUCCCUGAGAAGAUGUCACUGCUCGAGGCGCGACACUACGGCAAGAUGAACGGUGCCGAUGCCGCCGUGGUGGUGCAGGACCUGCCUAGCAGGCCUCCAAGGGCUUUCAACUACACCGACCCGGCGCUGAUCCCGGUCGUCCCCGGCGGCGAGCUGGAGCGGCUCGAGGCGACGCGGAAGGCGACGACGGUGCGGCGGUUCGCGCACAACGCCACGGUCGAGGUCGUGUUCCAGAGCACCUCGACGAUGCAAAGCGACUCCAACCCGAUGCACCUCCACGGGCACGAUUUCUUCGUGCUCGCGCAGGGCCAUGGCAACUACGACCCGGCGAAGGACGUGAGCAGCUACAACGUGGUGGACCCGCAGAUGAAGAACACGGUGCAGGUGCCAAGGCUUGGAUGGGCUGCCAUCCGGUUCGUCGCCGACAACCCAGGGGCGUGGUUCAUGCACUGCCACUUCGAGUUCCACAUUGCCAUGGGCAUGGCGACGGUCAUCGAGGUGGCCAACGGGCCCAUGCUGGGUGACACUCUGCCCCCGCCGCCUUCAGAUCUUCCAAAGUGCGAAAACAAGAAGAACUAAGAAAAUAGGGAAGUCAAAUACAGUAUUCGAUGCUGCGAAUAGGAAAGCAGAAGUUUAGUUACUACGGAGCUUGCAGGAGUUGGACAUUUGACAGAUCUGUUGCCUUCUAUAUUGAAUAAUUCUGU